AUGGGUGAAAGGGCACCAGUUUCUGCUGAGGAUACAUUAGUGCGUUAUGAUAAUCCAGUGCUGGUCACAAAACAGCCAGAGAAGCCUUCGGAACCUAGUAUCAGUACAGCUGCACAGCCAUGUGUUCCGACCGAAGCUAAACGAGAGACUGAAGAAAUUCUUAAUGCUAUCCUUCCACCCAAAGAAUGGGAAGAAGAUGGUCAGAUAUGGACUCAAAAGAUAUCUUCGACUCCAGCCACAAGGCUCGACGUGAUCAACUUACAAGAAAUUCUAGAUACGCGCCUUCAGCAAAGACAAGCGAGAGAAACUGGUAUAUGUCCGGUGCGCAGGCAGCUCUAUACACAAUGUUUUGAUGAGCUAAUUCGACAGGUAACAAUAAAUUGUGGUGAAAGGGGGCUUCUUCUAUUACGUGUUCGUGAUGAAGCAAGAAUAACAAUGGAAGCUUAUCAAACACUAUACUGUAGUUCUAUUGCUUUUGGAAUGAGAAAAGCUUUACAGUCAGAACAAGGUAAAUCCGACCUCAUGGAUCAAGUAGCAAAGCUAGAAACAGAACGUUCAGCUCUCGAAAAGCUAUGCACAGAGUUGAAACAGAAGACAGAACAAUUGGAGAGGAGAGCUGCAGAACUACGAGCGGCAGAAGAGAAGCGUCACCAAGAAGAAUUGCUGGCGCUGAAGAAAACUAAUGCGCAGUUGAAGGCGCAAUUGGAAGGCAUCAUAGCACCAAAGAAGUAA